AUGGUAGGGACAAGCCUGUCCCUACAAGGAACCAUCUUCUCGCCACAGAGAUCGCCGCGAAUCUAUCGCCGCGAAGAUCACUUCGCCGCAACGAUCCCCUCCGCCAAGAAGGACGAGAGCCCUCCCCCGUCCGCACCACGCCGCUCAAGAAAAUCUUCCUCGAGCGACAAACCCCGCAGCUCGAAGAAAUCCUCCUCGAGCGAGAAGAUCCUCAAACUCAUGGAGAAUCUCGUCAAGCCGCUCGCCGACGGUUUCGAGUCAAUGCGAGCACAGCAGAAAAAGACUCAGGAACAGGUGGAAGCCCUAGCACGAGAAGACGAUGAAGAUCCGUCAAGUCCCACUGACGGAACAACCGCCCCGCACUUCAGGCGACUUACCACCCAAGAACUCGAACGGAUGAAUCGUCGCCUCGACGAGGUCGAUUCGAAAGUUCAUCGCGCCACCAGCUCAGCUCCGGAAUUGACGAAAGCACUCGCCGACACCCGAAGAAGCCCGCUCACCCGCAGGCUCCGCCAGAUUGAGCACGAGAAGAGUUCGACUCAAAAUCGACUCUUACACCGGCGAAGAAGACCCCAAGAAGUGGCUAACCGCGUUCAACCUCGCCAUGAGGAGGGAGAAAUACAAAUCUUACGACGAAAGGAGGCCAACUACUGUCAAGUAUUCGUCGAGCACAUGGCGAAAGAUGCCUUGACCUGGUUCUCUAACCUCCCCGCCGAGUCGAUCGAUAACUUCGACGACCUAACCAAUGCUUUUCUGAAGCAUUACUCCAUGCACAUGACCCGAAUCACUCGGAACAUCCGCGACACUGGCGACAUGCCCGAUAGCGUCCCGCUGGAAGCACUCCGCAACGGCCUCUGGUACGACUCCAAGUUCAAGGAGGAUUUGUCACUAAAACCCCCUGCGACUCUGGAGGACGCGUUCCACCGCUCUCGGAACUACAUCUUCCUCGAGGAGGACAAACGCUUCUAUGCCGAGAAGCACGGAGAUAAGAAAGCAGCCUUGUCGAAACCCGCAGAAAAAGCCGCGGAGGUGCGAAAAAGGUACAACCCCAAAAGAUCACUCCUAACAGCGUUCGGAGCAGCCGACGACGAGCCCGAACAAGAACCGCAUCACACCGAGACACUGCCAAUAGAUGUCGCAACAUCCGAUCGCGACGGUUCCAACAUGUUUUGCCGCCUCCACGGAGAUGGCGACCACUCUACGAGAAAUUGCCGGCGCUUAACUCGCGAUCUCCUCCGGAGGUACAAACACGGAGAACUACCACCGGUGAGGGGAGACCGCUCUCGCCGUAAAAGGAAGUUGACACAACCCGCAACACCAGAAGACACACCCGAUGACAUGACGGACUAUUCCGACGACCAUCAAGACAGCAGCAAGAAUCCUGAUCGACACCGGAAGUACGGUGAAUCUGAUCUUCAAAGAAACCCUAAACCGCAUGGGAAUCAGCAAAGACCAAAUCAAGCAUUCACUGUGCCCCUCACCGGGUUCACCGCCGAACACAUCUUCAGCGAAGGCACGAUCCGCCUACCUAUCCACGUCGGAGGAACGACCAAAACCGCUAAAUUCUUUGUCAUUAAUAGGCCAGCGAUCUACAACGCCAUUUUAGGCACCCCAUGGCUCCACGAGAUGAAAGCCAUCGUCUCAACCUUUCAUCAAUGUGUGAAAUUCCCAACGCAAUUAGGGGUUUACACACUAAGAAGGAACCAAAGAGCGGCAAGGUCAUGCUUCCUCCAUGAGCGACGACUUCGCCUCAGAGCGGCAUGCACCGCAAACGAGGAAAUGGACCCACGUCUACCAUACCACCAAAGGCCCAAGCCGGCCCUCGUCGACGAAGUCAAUAUUGACGAAGCACAUCCAGAAAGACGUGUCGGCAUCGGUGGCGACCUCGACGAAAAGAUCAGAGAGCAGCUGAUCAUAUUGCUCAAACGAAAUGCACAUCUUUUUGCGUGGUCAAUGGCAGACAUGAAGGAGAUCGAUCCAGCAAUCACAUCUCACGAGCUAAACGUGAAGUCCACCUACAAACCAAUGAAGCAGAAAACGCGCAAGCUCGGCACCGACAAAGCCCAAGCGGUCAGCGAGGAGGUGGAUAAGCUAAUGGACAAGCCGAGUCCACAAACAAGACUAUUGUCGACGGAUUGA